GCUGCUGGACUGAUGGAGACUGAGCUGGUGAGAUAGUCACACAGUGGAGGUGAUGGUGGUGAUGAUGAUGAUGAGCUCCGGGAUGAAGAUGAAGAUGGAUGAGGCGCAGGCUUUGGCGCGGAGCUGCGCGAGCAGACCGGAUUUCGUCCCGUGCGACGGCUCCGUGUGCGCCACUCACUCUCACGGGAAGUGCUUCAGACUGCACUGGUGCUGCUGCCUGGGCUGGUGUCACUGUAAAUACGUCUACCAGCCCAUGACCAGUGUGGGUCAGUUACCCAGCACCGCUAUCCCAGCUGCCCCGACCUUUUACACGGACACCAUUGACCUGACCAUCUCUCUGACCGAACGCUUCCUGCGGAUCGCCCCCUGCUUCCGGCCACCACUUUACCCAGAAUCCCCCAGAUACUGCAACAUCGCUGAGCUCUUCAUCGACGACUACAUUGUCAAACGCAUCAACGGCAAGAUGUGCUACGUCCAGAGGCCACCGCCUCUGACGGACGCCCCGCCCAAUCCUCCUCCACUGGCCCCGCCCCCUCAGACUCACCCGGCCAAUCCUCAUCAACGGGAUGCUCAGACCGGACAGCAUUCUGUGGAUUCAGUCAAACAGGACGCUGGCGCCAGACACCAUCAGACUGAACACGUUGAUAAGGAUACAGUUGAAGGACCUAAAAUGGACCACUGCUCGUCUCCAUCGAGCUCCGAGGAUUCUGGGAUUAACACAGUGGGCGGAACCUACCUGGAGUCAUGUGAGGAAGAGUCUGAGGAAGAGGAAGAUGAGCUGAGCGAGGAGAGAGUGUCCAGUCCCAGUAGUCUGUGGGAGCAGGACGGAUGUGCUCUGCUUUCACCCUCCAGAUCCACCGUGGAGAUCAUUGAAAACAUCGAGACGACAGUGUAACACAAACAGGGCUUUACUGGACUGAGUCAACAUCAAUGAUCACUCUGACAGACUGUAAUACACUACAGGAAGUGUAGGGGGCGAUAUGGCUUCUACUGUUUCAUUUAAAAAGCUCUAUAAUGUUCA